CCCUUAGGGUUGGACCGACAACAACACCUCCAUCUCGACUCUCCAUCCUGCAACAACCUCCUGUUCUUGGAGUCAGCCACCUCUCCAAUGGCCGAAGAUCAAGAGGGAGAGUCCCUCUUCCGCCCAACGCACAAGCGUCGCAAAGUUCUCAGAAAGCGACUCGAUUCCGACGAUGAAGACACUGUCCCCACUCCCCUACCCACACAUGCCAUCGUCGAGACCCUUGAAACCGAUUCAAACGAACCUGCGCAUCGCGGAGCGACGAUCGUGCAAGCACGGAAGAAAGGAGCAGUGGGCCGAGGCAUCACCUUCUCCGCCGCGGAUGCGCAACGAAGAGCAGCACAGGAACCUGAGGAGCAGGCGUUGGCAUUGGCGAGUGAACACCAGGAGGCAGAUGCUCCACAGAUUGAGCGAUUUGUGAAGCCAACAGGUAAAGCGGAGGUGAAGGAGGACAAGCAUAUGAUGGCAUACGUAGAUUCCAAGCUGGCUGAUCUUCGUCAGCCUGCGCGCACGGAGUCGCCAGAUGGUGAAAGCCGGAAGGAGACCAGAGCGCAUGGAGAUGCAUACGACACAAGCACUGGACCGAGGAACGGCGAUGCUCAAACCUUGCUCAAUUCAGCACCCCAUCCGCCGGGCAACCUGCCGACGUUCCAGCCACGGCACCCGCGCAGGACAAUGUCAUCCCCAAAGCCUAAGAAGCGAAGAAAGUACCCACCAGCCCGGACGGAAACCGAUGUCGCGCGCGACUCGAUGAUUGAGCAAAUCAUGGGCCCGACACAUGUCCCGCAUUACCAGGCCGCCGCAGAACAGGUGCGACGAACGGAGGAGCAGGAAGGCGUGGAUCGCGAUGCUGCUGCGGAGGAUGCAUUCAAGGCACAGCUCCUCGCAGAUCUAGAUAGUCACCGCCGACGGCCUCACGCCCCGAAGAAUCCAGCGGCUGCUGCCAGUGGGCCGAAGUUGGGAGGCAGUCGGGCUCAGCGGGAGAAAAUGAGGGCGCUGGAGGAGGCGAAAGCGGGUACGAGCAAGAAGUAGGGUCUGCAUAUGCCUGCUAUUGAACAGAGCGAAAAUGCAAAAGUGUUCGAAGCAAGGA